AUGAUACGCCAUUGUUUAAACAGUAGGUCUUAUCCCAUUCGACCUAUCCAUCAUCAUAUAUCAUCAUUCUUUAGAUCUAAUUCAACCUCAACUUCAAUAUCAUUACCUCAUAAAUCAUUAACUAUUGCAAAAUUUAAUUUCCCUUUGGCAACUCAUACUAUUAAUCAAUUAUAUACUAAUCUAAAUCAUAUCUUAACCAAUGAAUCUGAAAUCACCUUGAAUGGUCAUAUCAAUCGUAAACCACGAAUAAGAUCUUCACUUUCUUUUGCUGAAUUAAGAGAUAAAAAUGGUGAUUUGAUUCAACUUUUAAUGAAUCAUGAAACUGUUAAUGAUCAUUUAUUAACUUUAAUGAAAAAUACUACCAUUGAAGAUUCAAUCAGUGUAACUGGUAUCAUCAAAUUAAAACAACAAAAGACACCUGAUCAACCUCAACAAAUUGAAUUAUUGAUUCAAAAUUAUCAAAUUUUGAAUUCUUCAAAUUUAGAUGCUUCAAGAUUAGAUAAAUUAAAACAUGAAAAUCCUCAAUUGAUUCCUCCUCAAUUCAGAUAUUUAACAUUAAGAACAUCUAAAUUCCAAUCAUUACUUCGAUUAAGAAGUAAAAUCUCUCAAAUGAUUCGUAAUAUCUUGAUUGAUAAUCAUGAAUUCAUUGAAAUUGAAACUCCCCUCCUUUUUAAAUCAACUCCAGAAGGAGCAAGAGAAUUCUUAAUUCCUACUAGAUUACAACCAAAGAAAUUCUAUGCUUUACCUCAAUCUCCUCAACAAUAUAAACAAAUCCUUAUGAGUUCUGGAUUCACUCGUUAUUUCCAACUUGCAAAAUGUUUCAGAGAUGAAGAUUUAAGACAAGAUAGACAACCGGAAUUUACUCAAGUAGAUUUGGAAAUGAGUUAUAUAAAUAAUAGUAAUCAAGUUGGGUUGGUGGUGGAAGAUUUGAUUCAUAAUGUGGUUAAUAAAUUAACUCCAAAAUCAACUUUUAAAAUAAAUCAUGAAAAUGAUUGUCUUGAAAAGAUUCAAUUUAAAGGUGAACCCCAAGAUCAACUUCAAUUUAAUAAAAUCAAAUAUAUCGAUUGUUUACUGAAUUAUGGGAUUGAUAAACCUGAUUUAAGAUAUACUCAUAAAUUUAUAAACUUAUCUUCAUAUUUCACUUCAUCUAAAUCUGGUUUCCCAGUGAUAGAAUGUUUAAUCCUUCCAAAUUUCGCCGAUCAACAACAUAAAUAUAAAAUCCCUCAUGUCAUAACUGAUAAACUUAAUUAUACCAAACGUAUUCCAUAUACAAUAUCCAUUAAAACAGAUCAUGAUAGAUUACAUUGGUUUCAGAAAUUCAUCGAUGCUGGAAUCUUACAUCCAACAACCACCUUCGAUCCAUCUUCAUUAAAUCAAUUAUUGAAUUUGAAAGUAGGAGAUGUGAUUGCAUUUUCAAAUCGUGCUGAUGUACCUUAUGAAAAUCCAACUCCAUUAGGUAAAGUUCGACAAUUGGUGAUUGAAAACUUCCCCGAUUAUGAAAAACGAAAAUUAUUCAAUCCAUCUACAAAUACCAUUGAAGAUAAUCAAUUAUCACCUAAUGAUAUUUUCGUGGGAAGUUGGGUUGUUGAUUUCCCUCUUUUUAAUCCAGUGGAGGUAUACUCGUCUGAUCCAGACUAUCCCGUCUAUGAUUUCCAUCAAUUUGAAUCGACUCAUCAUCCUUUCACCAUGCCAAAUAUGGAAGAUUACGAUUUAUUACUGUCGGACCCUAUAAAAGUUAGAGGAGAACAUUAUGAUCUCGUCAUGAAUGGUUGUGAAGUAGGUGGUGGUUCUCGAAGAGUUCAUGAUCCAGCAUUACAAACUUAUAUCUUUAAACAAAUCUUAAAUAUCAAUAAUUAUGACCAAAAAUUCGGUCAUCUUUUAAAAGCUUUAAGUAUGGGAUGUCCUCCUCAUGCCGGUUUGGCCUUAGGGUUUGAUCGUUUAGUGGCGAUAUUAGCUGGUACUACUAAUUUAAGAGAUGUUAUUGCAUUCCCUAAGAAUCAAUCUGGUAUAGAUCCUAUGGUUGAUAGUCCAACUGAAGUUGCAAAAGAUGUUUUACAAUUAUAUCAUAUAAAUACCAUUGACAGUGAUGAUUCUUAA